AUGCCAUUCAUAUUAGGCACUUUUUCUCCAAAGUUUGCGAAGGGCAACGGGUGUCUUUUCUCGGACCGGAACAAAGUUGUCGAUUGUCUACGGAAACUGACGCCAUUAGAUCUUGUUAAUGGCAUUAGUCACAUCACCGAGGCCCGAACAAGACGUCGCGAAAAACGACUGAACGCUAUUCUUCCACCAACAGAUGAACAAGGCUACGAUGAACCUUCUCUUUACCUGGCAAUCGAAUUUGCUCCCACUGUUGACGGCGUUUUUCUACCCUCCUGUCCGGAAAAAGUCCUGAACGACCUACGCUCGGAAACCGGCCCGGAGCCGCAACUUCUGAUUGGCACCAAUGGUAAAGAGGGGAUUUAUUGGUUGUUAUACGGACUCGGUUUGAAGGGAAUCCAAAUAUUGGAAGACAACGGGCAGGUUAACUUGCCAACAAUAAAAGAACUACAGAAUGCGAACAUUGAUAUCUACCGCUUAUGGACUGCCAAGUUUACCAGCGAGGAAUACUUGACUCAUCCCUUUUCGGCAGCCCAAGUCACUCAGUAUGGAUACAAUAGUCAACUGUUACAGAAAGUCUCGACAUAUACGUCACCUCUGCCUGUUUUUAAAGUAGAGAAUUCAACUCAAUUCAUGGACCGCAUGGAUCAGAUUUCUGGAGAUAUGGAAUUUAUUUGUGGAACCAUAAAGUUCGCCCAACUGAUAGCCCAGCUGCCGCGGGGAAAAGUGCAGUUUUACAAUUUUUUGCAUAAAACCAAAGACAAUGGCUUCCCGGACUGGACAGGUGCCAUGCACGGCUACGAAAUAGAAUACGUCUUCGGGAUGCCCUUUUCAGACGACUUUCGAAAAAAAUUUUAUAACUUCACCAAUGAGGAGAUGCAAUUGAGUCGCAGGAUCAUGCGGUACUGGGCAAACUUUGCAAAAACAGGGUAGGUAUUCUGUACAGCUUAGAGCUCUUGUGUUAUUUUAUUUAGUAUCUCAUAUCCAUUGUAACUACUUAAUCGAGUGUCUGUUUGGUGCUGAGAGUAUCCUUUACCGUUUUACUCUAUACAAUUAAUCUCUCUUCCGCUCCUGGAUAUCUUUGGGUUAGAACCCUGAAGACUAAUGAGUGCAAUGGUGUUUAAAAAAAAUAUGGUGUUUGCAAACACGUUAGGAGAACUAAUAUCUGCUUGUAAUGUUUUUCUAACGAUUUACUCAGAAAGCAUUCAAAGCUAAAUGUUGACUUGAACUUUUUUCAACAUACUUUAAAGCGAAUUGUGAAUGCACGCACAAAUGCCAAAGAUUGAAGGUUGAAUUGUCCGAAAUCGUAUUUCCAUCUAUCUCGUUUGUGUACUCGUUUGAUCUUUUAUCCAAACCUACCUUUUUUGCACAGUGCCUAAUUAAGAUCGAUCGUAUUGUCCAAAUCCUUGAAAAAUUCUUAGUCUGCUUGCAAGACAAGCCUUAAAACGGAGAUAUGAAUACUAUUCUGCAGAAUUUCUAGGUGUUUGAUCUUCCUUAUCGUCAUUCCUGAAGUUUUCGAUCAAAACAACUCUCAGCUUUUAGUUUACUUGAAGAUUGCCAAAAAAUAAAAGAUGUUCACAGCUUUAAACUAAGGACUCACUCUCUUUAAUUCCAAACUAGAAAAUGGUAUUCAUUUCCGUGGGUGUUAAUUGUCCCCGAUGGAUCCCCUACAUUUUGUCAAUUUAAUCUGAAAUUCGUUGGUCUAGCCAAGCGCGAUUUGAAUUACGAUAAGUGCUCAAGCCGUUAACAAAGUCCUACGUCCUCGGAUUGAUAACUUGCAGGAAUAGACUGGACCUGGGUUACAAUGUAGCAUUUCGAUUGCAUCAGAACGUACGUUUAUUAGCCCAUGAUCACUAAGAUCUUAUGCAGGUCAUAGGAGCCUAACUACAACACUAAAGCCAGUCAAUGUUGAUAUAGAUAUUUUUUGAAUUUUCGGAAAGAUCUAGUAAACGUAGGAGCAAAGGUGUUCAUCUAGAUGAAGGACCUGCUUAUUUUGGACUGUUUAAAAAGAGAACGCGAUUCUCUCUGCACGCCUGUCCUGCGGCAGGUAGAGCGUGGAUAAGCCAAUAAACUUAAUUACCUUUUCGGACCCAUUAACUUAUAUCCGUAUAGUAAUGGAGUCGCGGUUUUUUCACAGCAUAACAUCCGCUGACAAGUAGCAUAUAAAACGUAAAUUGUUUUAGGCCGGGAAUUUUGUACAACAAGCUGACUAACGAUCAUACCGUGCUGUCAAAGGUUCAUUCUUCUCUAAAACUGAAUGAUUAAUUGUCAAAAGGCAUAAAAAGGAGCAAAUUAAAACAUCCAUUCGCCAGUUGGCUUGAGAAAACACAAUCUAGCCAUUUUUAUUUGAUAACAGGUGUCUCUAAGACCGAACGUCGCCAUGAAAUAAAUUGUCAUCAGAAGGCGAUGGAGAGGCGAUACUAUGCAUGCACUCACAUGGGACUUGAAUUGACCCUGACUUGCUCACACUGUCGGUUUUAUUAGCGAGCUUCUUGGUUUUGCCUCCGAAAAGAACUCCAACCCUGAUCAUGUAGGCACCUCAGUUACCUAUGUCGUCAUCAGACGAAGAUGAUGCAUUGAACGUCACCUUGAAAUUUAUAAGCACACAACAAAGCUUCAUAUAAAAGCGUAGUAUACACAAGUUUCCGUUACAUACUCUACAGGUGAAUGAGUCCAGUUUUCCUUAUUUAAGAACGAUCAGACAAAUUUCGCGUAUCCAUGCUGAUUGAGGCACUAAUUCAGAAGCGUCUCAGUUUUCUUCACAUUCUUGACACUUUCUGUUCGAUAUCACUCAGGUGUGGAUUAAUGUUAUUUAAUGUCAAUUAAUUGCAUUUGUGUCCAAGCAGAUGUUUCACGACCGACCUUGCCGUCGAGGAGCAGGCUGUCUUUCUGACUAACCUCGUCAGAUUUACCUAAAUGUCUGUAUCAAAAAGUUUCGUCGAUACCCAGGGUUUAGGUGUCCAUGAACAUCACAUUUCCUGUAUUGGCGAGGAAUGUUUUUUUACACUUUCCUUCCCAACUCACACCGUAACAAUCCCUUGAGACGGCUUUUCUUCCACCUCACUAAUGUCUCCAUCCUUCCAGGUUUCAUGGCAGCGGACAUAAAUUAUUAAUAGAGCACGAAGGGUGAGUUCUCUCUCACAUGUUCAUUUUCUGCUAAGCCUGCGUUGCUUCCUUUCAGUGAUGCAAAUCGGGCCAGCGAUGGCAAACAAUCUCAGCCCCAUUGGCCCUUUUAUGACAUAGAAAAGCGACAAUACCUAGAACUUGACACAGAAAUUGUUGCAAAGAGUGGCCUACGAGACAUUCAGUGCAAUUUUUGGAAUACUAUCCUUCCAACGCUCACCAGGACUUACUUGGUAUCAAAUUUAAGGCAGUCGCUUGACGACAUUUGUCCGAACAUGGAGCCCUAUCUAUUUGAGAAAGAAGCCCUGGAAACGUUUGUGCCUGGCGGUGAGUUGGUUCUUCUUCCACUUCUCCUUGACUUAAGAAAUGCCGAAACUCUGGUCCUGAUGAGUUUAAGCUAAUAACGCGGAUUGCUCACGAGUAGGUAAACAUAGGCUUACCGACCAGAGAAUUUUAGUAUGCAAGGAUCGCGGGAGGUUUUCUCGAAUUACUAACUAUUCCUUAUAGUGAAUCUGCUCAUCUGGGAGUUGGUCGAGAGUAACUUCACUCAGCUCACUUUGAUGCAGUAGAUCCUAAUCGAUCUGCAGCUUUUUCAUCGGGCAGGUCCAUGCAACACCCCUAUAUCUAGCCCACCUCCGGAUGCCAUCUAGGAACUUGCAGACGGCGAUAGUUUCAAGCUUGACAACAGUUAACCUAGGGGCUUUGUGGUCGUGCUUCAGUCCAACUUAACGUACGGCUGAUAGGCUGUAUGCGGGCCUUCAGCAAAUGGAUAGUGCAGUAAAACGGUAUAUGUACUACUAUGGGCAGAUUUUGAAUGAUCUUCAAUGUUCGUUCAUUUUCAGCCCUCUGCGUUCCUAUUUAAAUGAUUCUCUUCGUUAAGGAUGAAACUGUUCUACUUUGUAACCAGGGCUCUUUACUUUCGUUUCAAAGAUCUUUACUGGAUGUCAGCACUGGUUUCUCUGAAUCACUGAGAAAAUAUCCGAUUGAAUCAUUCGAAUAAGGUGUAUAGACUGUUGUAGCAUUAGAAAUCAAAGAUGAAAUUGGCUUAAUUUGACUUUUGGGUGGGUACUCAGAAAUCUUUAUACCACCUUUUUUAUCAUAAAGUUUCUCUUAUCCUUUUAUUUUUGCUUUUAGAAGCCAAUGGGAACAGCUCUCCGACACCGUUUGGCAAACUCUUACUCGUUUUACUCGCAGUUUGUACCAUAAGCAGAUGGGAAGUGCAGUUAGUAUAA